CAUGCUGUAGGGACGUAUUUGUCUACCAUGGACUGUGACUCAACUGGAGAGGCUGGGCUUACGAAUGGAUUUAACCCUCUCGUUUAUUAGAUUUAUGCCUUAGUCAUAAAAGUUAGCUUGGCCUUUUCUCAUUCUUUUUAUGCUGUUCUCACUGACUGCCAUACCUCAUUUGGCAUUAGCUGCCAGGAAAUUCAGUCACCUGUAGGACAUUUGCCCUGACAGAAACUUCAGGACUGAGUCUACGGAGCAACAGCAGCAAGCAUACAGUCUUCAGCCUUGUGGCUUUAACAUCUUGGCAGUAAACAUCCGCACAUAUUGCAUAACAUUGGACUGUAAAGAUGAGAGUGUCAGGUGUACUGCGGAUUGCUGCCUUGCUGUUCACCUUAUUCGCAACCUGGCUUUUUGCCAGUGCCUAUUUCAACCACAUGUCUGUGAAAUCCAUCAACAUAAGGAGCUGGCUAGGUGCUGAAAAACCUAAGCCAACAAAAGGAGCAGUCUUGCGACACAAGUGCAACAACAAAAGAGAGUGUCCCAGCAACACCUUUGCCUUCAAGUUAAUCAGUGGUGCAGCCAACGUGGUGGGGCCCUCCAUGUGCUUUGAGAACACCAUGGUGAUGAGUGCAGUGAAGAAUAACAUUGGACGAGGUUUAAACCUUGCACUUGUCAAUGGAACUACUGGACAACUCAUCAAGGCAAGUGCCUUUGACAUGUAUUCUGGAGAUGUUAAAGAUUUAAUUGAUUUUCUGAAACCUAUUGACAUUGGGACCCUAGUGCUAAUCGCCUCCUAUGAUGAUGCAGCCACAAAGAUGACUGAUGAAGCAAGAAAGAUGCUGACUGAACUAGGAAGCAGUUACGCUUACAAGCUGGGAUUUCGAGACAACUGGAUAUUUCUUGGCGGAAAAGGACUCAAAAACAAAAGCCCAUUUGAACAGUACUUGAAAAACGAUAAAGAGACAAACAAAUAUGAUGGCUGGCCUGAAGUUCUAGAAAUGGAGGGCUGUGUCCCUAAGAAGCUGGAGUAGCAAAGAGACAAA